AUGAAACCGCUUGGUAAGAGGUUGGAGGGCCCAAUGGCUGCAAAGUUGCAAUCCAACGAUCCCAAAACCAAGAGUCCUGGCAGCAUCACCUUCAGCAAGGCUGCGACCCAUGGGCAGUGGGGCCGUGCCUGGGAGGUGGACUGGUUUUCCCUGGCAAGCGUCACCUUCCUGCUGCUGUUUGCACCCUUCAUCGUGUACUAUUUCAUCAUGGCCUGCGACCAGUACAGCUGCUCCCUGACGGCCCCCUUGGUGGACAUCGCCACCGGGCGGGCUCGACUCUCGGACAUCUGGGCCAAGACGCCACCUGUGACAACGAAAGCGGCCCAGAUCUACGUGGCAUGGGUCACGUUCCAGGUGCUUCUGUACAUGCUGCUUCCUGACUUCUGCCACAAGUUUCUGCCGGGCUACGUGGGGGGCGUUCAGGAGGGCGCCAUGACUCCUGCAGGAAUCGUCAACAAGUAUGAGAUCAACGGCCUGCAAGCCUGGCUCAUCACGCAUCUCCUCUGGUUUGUUAAUUCCUACCUCCUCACCUGCUUCUCUCCCACCAUCAUCUUUGACAACUGGAUCCCGCUGCUCUGGUGUGCCAACAUCCUGGGCUACGCCGUCUCCACCUUCGCCAUUAUCAAGGCUUACUUCUUUCCCACCGAUGCCCGAGACUGCAAAUUCACAGGCAAUUUCCUGUACAACUACAUGAUGGGCGUGGAGUUUAACCCCCGAGUUGGGGAGCGGUUUGACCUCAAGCUCUUCUUUAAUGGACGCCCCGGGAUCGUCGCCUGGACCCUCAUCAACCUGUCCUUCGCAGCCAAGCAGCAGGAGCUCUACGGCCACGUGACCAACUCCAUGGUCCUGGUCAACGUCCUGCAGGCCGUCUAUGUGCUGGACUUCUUUUGGAACGAAACCUGGUACCUGAAAACCAUCGACAUCUGCCACGACCACUUCGGGUGGUACCUGGGGUGGGGGGACUGCGUCUGGCUGCCGUACCUCUACACCUUGCAGGGUCUGUACCUGGUGUACCACCCCGUGCAACUGCCCACCCGCUACUGCCUGGGCGUCCUGCUGCUGGGCCUGCUGGGCUACUGCAUCUUCCGGGUGGCCAACCAUCAGAAGGACCUUUUCCGCCGCACGGACGGGUGCUGCCUGAUCUGGGGCAGGAAGCCCAGGGUCAUCGAGUGUUCCUUCACGUCGGCAGACGAGCAGAAGCACCGCAGCAAGCUGCUGGUGUCCGGUUUCUGGGGCGUGGCCCGUCACUUCAACUACACCGGCGACCUGAUGGUCAGCCUGGCGUACUGCCUGGCCUGCGGUGGCGGCCACCUGCUGCCCUAUUUCUACGUCAUCUACAUGGCCAUCCUGCUGACCCACCGCUGCCUGCGGGACGAGCACCGCUGUGCUAACAAGUACGGCCGCGACUGGGAGCGCUACACGGCCGCCGUGCCUUACCGCCUGCUGCCCGGAAUCUUCUAG